AUGGUGGGAGGCUCGGAAUCCGGUUCCGCCCAUGGUGACGAGCGAGCCGAUGCCCCGCACGAAAAUGGAGCGGUUCCACGACCAUGCUGGGGUCCAAGUAGGCUCCCUAUGAGCUACCCCGUGUUUCCGACGAUGGUGCUUCACGCCGCCGCCAACGCAGCCGUUUUAUUACGACUGCUCUGGUGGCAAGAGUUCCGCGACUCGUACGUCGACCUACAUGUGUACACCUACUCGCAUGUGCCCGAUAAUUGGACGGGAGACUGA